CAAGAAUAGGAAGAGAUCAUGCAUCCAUGCAAUGACAUAGAUGAUAUCAUGCUUAUAAGUAUCACUGUCUCUCAUGCAUGAAAAAAUAUCUUAGGAGAUUACAUUUGUCAUAGUAAGUAAUUGCAAUAUUAUUGAAUUUAUCCAAGUACGUAGGAACCCCAGAUUGGUGUCACACGGUCCAAUAGAAAGAGAUGCUUGAAGCUGAUUCUUGGUAAAAUUAUAUGUUACCAAAAACUUAGGAAAAGAAGCAUUAGAACCAUGCUUAUCUCCCUCCAUGGCCCCCUACAUAGCAAUUCGAAACUCGAGAGAUCAUUUCGUCGUCGUGUCCCGUUGCUUUAAAGCUUAUGCUCGUUCUCGCCCGCCCGCUCGCCCGCCCGCUCCUCCAUUUCUGGUCUUUCGCGUCUUCCAAUAUCUCUCCAAUCCCUUGGCACUCCGAGGCCGAUCGAGCGAAAUCCCGCCGUUGUUCGGAGAUCUCAUCACUCUGCGGCAAUGGCCCGCUCUUCAGGUCUCAGCUCUCUCGCUUCUUCUGAAAGAUCGGAUUUUUCUAAUCUCUGGAUGCCCGGCUCCCCGCAUAUCUAAGGUUUGGAUCGGAGGCACGGGAAAAGGAGCUCCUUUUUGGUAUGGUUCAUUCUUGAUCCUCGGGUUCCCUUUUUAGUUUGUCUCUCUUUUUUCUCGGAUUUUGAGGAGUUUCCUAUCGUGGUGAUGCCAAAUAGGAAAGAUUCUGAUAGUUUUCUUGAAUCGUAGAUACCUUUUUUCUGGGGCUUCUCAGUUUCCUUUCUAGCAGUCUAGAAUAUUGGAGCGAUUUUUUUUAUAAAAGGAAGCACCUUUCGUUGCCUCCGAAGACUUGUGGAUCGUUUUCUUUCCAGGGCUCCGUCUCUGGUUCAGAUCCCCACUUAGUUCCAGGAUUCCCAUUGGUUUCUCUUGCAAAGUUGAUUCCUUUGAGAUAAUUAGUCUUGGAAAUCUAAAUCAUGGACAAGGACAAGGCCCCAGUUCAUGGCGGAGGUGAUGGUUUCCCAACCCAUUCUUCUCGCUUCUCUGCUUUUGCUGCAUCCUCGAGCAAAGUCCCGUUUAUGGGUGAUCCCUCGCCUUCAUCCUCCUCGCAUUCCAAUCCAGAAUCCAGCCGUUCCGGCCAGCUUAGCCACGACAUCAGCCGCAGUCCGGAUUUCCCACCGAGAAACCCCGGCCAUCGACGGGCCUACUCGGAGAUCCUCAGAUUCCCAGAUGACACCAGCUUCUAUAGCGACCUCGGUAUCGUUGGCCCAUCAUUGUCUGAUGACACUGAUGAGGACUUGCUCUCUGCCUACCUUAAUAUAAAAAAGUUGAAUUCUUCUUCGGUCCUGUCGGGCGGUCAGCCUUCUGGGCCGGCUGCAGCUCCCCUUUCUCCUUCUCAGACCGAGAACUUGGCCUCGGGUUUGAAUGAGAGGCCGAGGGCUAGGCACCAGCAUAGCUGGUCCAUGGAUGGGUCCUCCUCGGUUCUGCUGGGGUCGAGCAGUGAGGGACCGACAUCAGCUGAGAUGAAGAAGGCUAUAUCAGCUGCAAAGCUUGCUGAUCUUGCUCUCGUUGAUCCAAAGCGAGCAAAGAGGAUUUGGGCAAACAGGCAAUCAGCUGCAAGAUCAAAAGAAAGGAAAACGCGAUAUAUUGCUGAGCUUGAGCAAAAGGUGCAGAGUCUCCAAACAGAGGCAGCAACAUUGUCAGCUCGAUUAACAUUGGUACAGAGAGAUACCAAUGGUUUGACAGCUGAAAAUAGCGAGCUGAAGCUGCGAUUGCAGACCAUGGAACAACAGGUUCACUUGCAGGAUGCUUUAAAUGAUGCACUGAGAGAGGAGGUUCAGCGGCUGAAGUUGGCAACAGGCCAGCUGAUGCCAAAUGGCGGUCCAUUGAUGAAUUUUGGACCACCAUUAUUUGGAUCAAGUCAACAAUUCUACCACCACAACCAAGCAAUGCAAUCGCUCCUGGCAGCCCACCAAUUUCAGCAGCUCCCGAUCCAUCCUCAGCAUCAACAGCAGCUGCACCCACUUCAGCCUCUGCAGCAACAGCAGCUGCACCUUCCCCAGCCUCAGCCACCUGCAGACCUGAGGAUGAAGUGUCCAAUGACUUCUUGGAACAAAAGGGGAAAGGGAACAUCAGAUAACAGCAAUUGA